AUGGCUGAAACAUCCGCAUCUGGUGCCGCUGGUCCAUCAGGAGACACAGAGGGCUCUAUAUACCCUCUUACUGUUUUAUAUUGUGAAGUGUGCGGAUUUCCGCCUGAGUACUGUGAAUUUGGGUCGCACCUCACCAAAUGCAAGGCGUGGCUAGAAGAGAAGGAUCCAGCUUUAUUUGAGAGAUUUUAUGGUGAAGGUAUCGACCUCAAAAAAGCGUCUAAGCAGUUUGCAACCAAAUUUGCGACUGGUGCUUCCGUGUCCAAAAAUCCCCAAGGAUUGGAUGAGAUUGUCGUGCAAGGCGAUGUUACUGACGAGAUUGUGGAAAUGCUGGAGGGAAACGUAGGGGUUCUCAAAGGCGUUCCGGAGGACAAUAUCGUUUGCGUGGAAGAUAAGAAGAAAAAGGGUGCAGCUGAGCAGUCAUGA